AUGCAGCUUGAUGAGCCUGAGCGUAGUCGUGCAAGAAGCAGAGGAGUCAGAAGCGAAGAUCGAAUUGUCGAAGCGGACAGCUGCAUCGUUUCAUCGUUUCAUCGCUUCGAGGCAGCAUCUGUUCAUGACGCCCACCUACGGCGCAGAAGGCUUGUGCCUGACAUUGGCAGAAGCGAUCCGAGCGUCGUGAGAUCCAGACAACAGUCUGAACGUCGAAUUGUGCUGAGGCAGCGCGGUCGGGUUCGGAAGGUCAGACGAUGGAUGCGAAGAAGCUCGUCUGUGUGCAGGCGCGUGUGCAAGCGAGCCAGAGUUUUCUUCCAAACGAUCGUCCCGACCAGAAAUAGACUGCAGCUUGCAUGCAGAAAGCGCGACAUCGCGAUCCCAGGCACAACCUGGCAGCAACCUACGCCAAGUGUGACAAGAGCAUGA